GUUGCCACUGGUUGUUACCAACGAGACAAGUUAUCUCUUUUAUGUAGGUAAGGCGAGUGAAAGACUUCGAGCCGCAGCGAACAGGAUACUGACAGACCGGCAGCAGCAGCAAAACAAGCUGUGAUAACCACGGGCAUGAUGGGAGUCCCUGUAUUCUGUGUGGGGGUGAUAGCAUUCAUAUGUACCAGCCACAGCCUGGAAAUACAAAGCCCUCUCUACAGAUUCAAAAGGUCUCAGGAAAAUGUCUUGUCAGAUCCGAGUGAUUGUGUGUCCAGGACCAAGCAGCAGGUCUUUACAAACUCUUACAACUUCUCUCUGGAUAUUCGGAUGCCUGGUGUUGUUCCAACUGGGUCGGACACAUACCUGUGCACAGCGUUUUCUCUGCCAACUAGUCGAGAUGCAUAUAUUGUGGACUUCAUACCUCAUGCCAGUAUGGACACAGUUCAUCACAUGCUUCUGUUUGGCUGCCAGACUCCUGUGUCCACCAGCAGCUACUGGGACUGUGGCAGUUUACAAGGCACUUGUGAGGAUGAAGCAUCCAUUAUGUAUGCCUGGGCUCGGAAUGCACCAGCCACCAGAUUACCCAAAGAUGUUGGUUUUAAAGUUGGAAGAAAUUCUGGAAUGUCCCACCUUGUGCUGCAGAUUCAUUAUGGAGAUGUCAGUGCUUUCAGAGACCAUCAUAGAGAUUGCUCAGGAGUUACCUUAAGAAUGACAUCCAAACUGCAGCCAUUCAUUGCUGGCAUAUACCUGCUCAUGUCUGUGGACACAGUUAUCCUUCCAGGAAAAAGAGUUACAAAUGCAGACAUCGCCUGUGAUUACACUUCAUAUCCCAUCUAUCCAUUUUCCUUCAGGACCCACACACACAGCCUUGGUAAAGUGGUCAGUGGCUACAGGAUCCGAGAAGGGAAGUGGAGCCUAAUUGGGAGACAGUCCCCUCAGCUACCACAGGCUUUCUAUCCUGCUAACGAGGAGGUGAAUGUGAAGUAUGGUGACACCAUUGCAGCCAGGUGUGUGUUUACUGGGGAAGGCCGAACCUCCAAAACAUUAAUUGGUGGUACCUCUGAUGAUGAAAUGUGCAACUUCUACAUCAUGUACUACAUGGACAGCAAACAUGCCAUCCCCUACAUGAACUGCAUGGAAUCUGGCUCCAAAGAUCUGUUUCAGCACAUUCCAGCUGAAGCCAAUGUUCCCAUUGCCGUCAGUCCAGGUCAUAUGAACUCUGUGAUGCAUAUGGGGCACUCAACAGACCAUCAAGAUAACAGAUUGCUGUUGGAUAAAAACAAAGCAGAGCAGGUUGUGGAUCAGGGUGACCUCUAUUCUCUUAUGUCCAAGCUGCUAGGCCAGAGCAAGGACAUAACUCACAUUCAUAAGUACAACCUGAGCAAGAUGCAGAGAGCCCAGGCUGAGUUGGUGGCUCAGAUUGAUAGCUUAAUGCAAAAGAACGACCUGGGCUUUCCCAGUGCCAGGCUAGCCUUCCAAACAAGGGAGGAUCAUGUUUUGGUGAGGGACAGGGUGCACAAAUUCCAUCAGCUUGAGGCCAAAGCCAAGCCACCGAGAAGCAAGCUGCUAGCAGAAGACUACCAUUUGGAGCAAGUCUCAGCGUGGCCUCAGAGUUCUCUCCAGUUGGGUCAGGUGUCAGGACUUGCCCUCGACUCAGAUGCUAAUUUGGUCAUUUUCCACAGAGGGGACCACCACUGGGGGGCAAGCUCUUUUAACAGCCAGGCUAGAUACCAGCAGAGGUCCCAAGGUCCUAUUCAGCAGUCCACUAUUUUGGUUGUAGACCAAGCCAACGGCAACAUUCUGAAGGCAUCUGGCAGAGAUAUGUUUUAUUUGCCUCAUGGAAUAACAACAGACAAGAAGAAUAAUUACUGGGUCACUGAUGUGGCUCUUCAUCAGGUGUUAAAGGUGAGCAGUGAUGGCAGAGACAGAAUGUUGCUGGCACUUGGAGAGGCUUUCACUCCAGGAAGCGACAACAACCACUUUUGCCAGCCCACUGAUGUGGCUGUAGACACUGAGACUGGGAACAUUUUUGUGUCUGAUGGCUACUGCAAUGCAAGGAUACUGAAGUUCUCAGCUGAUGGCAAAUACCUGUCUCAGUGGGGUGCAGGCUCGUCAGACAGGAAGAGGCGAAUACCGUUCCGAAUACCCCACAGCCUGGUGUUCCUUCCUGACAGACAGGAAGUUUGUGUGGCUGACAGGGAAAACGGGCGUAUCCAGUGCUUCAUAGCCCAAACUGGAGAGUUUGUCAAGGAAAUAAAGAAAGAGGAGUUUGGAGGGGAGGUGUUUGCCAUCACCUACAGCCCUGCUGGAGAUGGCUUGAUCUUCGCAGUAAAUGGGGAAUCUCCAUAUCGCUCAACUCCAGUCAGAGGUUUUGUAAUAGAUUAUUCAACCAUGGAUAUUUUGGAUACCUUCAACCCAGAGAAAAAGGAGUUUAAAAUGCCUCACGACAUAGUUGAAACCAGGGAUGGUAGUGUCUUUGUCGGGGAUGCAGGCAGUAAAUCAGUCUUCAAAUUCACCACUGAGAAGUUACAUCGCUCUGUCAAGAAAGCUGGAAUCGAGGUUCAAGAACUUGAUGAAAUGGAGACAUUUGUCCGAACUAAGGUGAGGCCGGAGCACAACUUUUCAAAGACAGCAGCCAUCCAAGGGAAGCAAGCUCUGUCUCUACAGCCUCAGCCACAGGAAGAGCCAGAAGAGGAGAAGAAGAAGAAGAGUGCAGCGAAGCCAAACCGAGAGCAGGGUGUACUCCCAGCUAUUAUAACCACCCUGCUGCUCAUCCCGCUAGUGGUGGUCAUCUCCAUUGGAGUCUUUAUCUGCUGGAGAAAAAACAACGCAUAUGAGGUGAAAACUGAACCAAGUUCUGUGGGAGGGAUCUUUGGAAAAAUAAGAGGUAAAGCUGUGGGCAGUCUGAACCUGGGGAACUUCUUUGCAUCCCAUAAGGGUUACAGUCGUCAGGGCUUUGACCAGCUGAGUACUGAAGGUAGCGACCAGGAGAGGAAUGACGGGGACAGCAGCGACUCGGAGAAUGAGGAGUACUCUGCUCUGCCACCUCCUCUGUCCUCCUCUUAGACUCCUGGGGCCAGCCACCUACCUUCUGCUUACAUUGCCAAGAUGUAUGUUAAUCAUCAUGUGUGUAACUGUUGUGUUAGCUGCCAAUCUUAUUGUUUAUAUAUUUAAAAUAUGUUGUAUAUAAAAAUAAUUUAGCAUUAUUUGGACAAUUUAUUUAAUCUUUAUUUAAUUAACAAGCAGUCUUGAUACAGCCUUGGUGACACAAUUCACACAUAUCACUAUGACAGAUUGUUUUCCCCUAAUCAAACUAGCCUUUACUGAAAUUAUCAGAAAAUCCCCUCGACAAAUGUGUCGGAUUCAGCCUCAAGACAAGUACAAGACCAUUCAAAGGAUUUUCUUGAAAUGAGCAUCGGGAACUUGGGAAAAAAUCUGUGUCAGAGAGAUGAGAACAAUUAUUUAAUUGAUCAUAUUUAUCAAUCACACUCAUCUAUAUUCCACAUGUAGCGAGUGAGUUUCGACGCAGUCCAUGGUCCGGAGUUCUACCGCUUCGUGCUGGUCACUGUGCUUGCUCCAUUAAGAUAGAGCCCUAAAAAAAAAUAAGAAAUCUCCUGCUGACUGUCUAUUUUUGCCAUUCGGAGUUUUUCGUUCAGCUGAGUCAGAACUGGACAUGAAUACAGUGUUUUUUCAUGAGACUCGAUAUCUGAGUAAGAAUUUAGUAAAGCAAGAUUUAUUAUCGAUUUAUUGUGAUCUUAAAAAUAAUUAGUUUAACAACACUGAUAUAGCAUACAAUAUAGACCGUUUAGUUUUACUGGACAAAUGCAUCAUUCCUUUUAUAAAUCUCUUACAUGUAGUAAAGCAACACACAAAUAAUUAGUUCAACAUGAUUGUUUGUUCCAAGUGUAGGUUCAGAAACAUUUCACUUGUAAUUGUGUGCCUUUUUAAAUCUAUAUGUUGCCUUUCUUCAUCACCUGCCAUUACAAAAUGUACCAUGGGAUCAGAACAGUUGCUGCUUGUAGAGCUUGUACUAUAUUGAUUUCUAUUCCAUUCAAGUAAACAGAAAAUUGAUAUUA